CGAGAGGAGAGCGAGGUGUAGAGAAACCGAGGGGGAGAGAACCCGAGUGUGUGUAUGCGUGUGCGUGUGUGAGCGCGAGCGAGCUUGCGAGGGAGAAGAGCGAGAGAGUGCGAGCGAGAAAGAAUAAAAGGAAAGAAGAUUUUCUCUAUGUAUAUAAAGAUGGCCACGUUAGCAAACGGACAGGCUGACAACGCGAGCCUCAGUACCAACGGGCUCGGCAGCAGCCCGGGCAGCGCCGGGCACAUGAACGGAUUAAGCCACAGCCCGGGGAACCCGUCGACCAUUCCCAUGAAGGACCACGAUGCCAUCAAGCUGUUCAUUGGGCAGAUCCCCCGCAACCUGGAUGAGAAGGACCUCAAGCCCCUCUUCGAGGAGUUCGGCAAGAUCUACGAGCUUACGGUUCUGAAGGACAGGUUCACAGGCAUGCACAAAGGCUGCGCUUUCCUCACCUACUGCGAGCGUGAGUCAGCGCUGAAGGCCCAGAGCGCGCUGCACGAGCAGAAGACUCUGCCCGGGAUGAACCGGCCGAUCCAGGUGAAGCCAGCGGACAGCGAGAGCCGAGGAGGUAGUAGCUGCCUGCGCCAGCCCCCUUCACAAGAUAGAAAACUCUUCGUGGGCAUGCUCAACAAGCAGCAGUCCGAGGACGACGUGCGUCGCCUCUUCGAGGCCUUCGGGAACAUUGAAGAGUGUACCAUCCUGCGCGGGCCGGAUGGCAACAGCAAGGGGUGCGCCUUUGUGAAGUACUCCUCCCACGCCGAGGCGCAAGCCGCAAUCAACGCCCUGCACGGCAGCCAGACUAUGCCGGGAGCCUCGUCCAGUCUGGUGGUCAAGUUUGCCGACACUGACAAGGAGCGCACGAUGCGGCGGAUGCAGCAGAUGGCUGGCCAGAUGGGCAUGUUCAACCCCAUGGCCAUCCCGUUCGGGGCCUACGGCGCCUACGCACAGGCACUGAUGCAGCAGCAGGCGGCACUAAUGGCAUCAGUCGCGCAGGGCGGCUACCUGAACCCCAUGGCUGCCUUCGCCGCCGCCCAGAUGCAGCAGAUGGCGGCCCUCAACAUGAAUGGCCUGGCGGCCGCACCCAUGACCCCAACCUCAGGUGGCAGCACCCCUCCGGGCAUCACUGCACCAGCUGUGCCUAGCAUCCCGUCCCCCAUUGGGGUGAACGGCUUCACCGGCCUCCCCCCACAGGCCAACGGGCAACCUGCUGCGGAAGCUGUGUUUGCUAACGGCAUCCACCCCUACCCAGCGCAGAGCCCCACCGCCGCGGACCCCCUGCAGCAGGCCUACGCUGGAGUGCAGCAGUACGCAGGUCCAGCCGCCUACCCUGCUGCCUAUGGUCAGAUAAGCCAGGCCUUUCCUCAGCCACCUCCAAUGAUCCCCCAGCAACAGAGAGAAGGGCCCGAGGGCUGUAACCUGUUCAUCUACCAUCUGCCCCAGGAGUUUGGGGACGCUGAGCUGAUGCAGAUGUUCCUCCCUUUCGGCCGGCACCCUGUGCCCUCCCGCUGCCAGGCCCCCUCCUGUCAGGGAGGACAGUGUCCAAUAAACUCCUCCACCCGCAGGCUUCGUGAGCUUCGACAACCCGGCCAGCGCGCAGACCGCCAUCCAGGCCAUGAACGGCUUCCAGAUCGGCAUGAAGAGGCUCAAGGUGCAGCUGAAGCGGCCCAAAGACGCCAAUCGCCCAUACUGAGCGCCGGCGGGAGCGUCCCCCGGGGGAGACCAGGACUCGCACAGGGCCAGUCAAAUCCACCACAGUCUCGCGCUGAGCUAGGAAUAAAGUUCACGUAA